UGAGGUGGGUGGACGAGACUCCAAAGAGAGUAUCUGUCUCUCCUCUUGCUGCAGACUCCUCCGCCUGGCUCCAGGUUGUAAGAGCUGCUUCGGUGAGGACGGAAGGGGGGCGCUGCAGAAUUAUCUUACCAGAGAUCUCCUGCAGCAGGAGAACCUCCUAAGAGAGAGAGAGAGAGAGAGCAAAGCAUUGAAAAAAUGGCAGGAUACUAUUAGAACACAACUGAAAGAAAACGGGAAACCACACUACAGAAAGUACUGUAUAAGCAGGACAGUUAAGUCAACUCAGAGAAAUAUCUAUAAAUACUGUGAAAAAACAGACAAAAAUCUAAGUGUGACACAAUGAGUGACAUCGGCAGCCAGAGAAGCAGCGACGAAACCCGCCGGAUAUCUCUCCCGACGGACGAGUUCAUCACUGGGAACCCCGACCCCCUGGGGCUCCCCUUCUUCAGGUACAUCCGGGAGCUGACCGCCGGCGAACAAGAUGAAAGGGCUUCUCUCAUGGACUCGGCCCAGUUCCUGACGGCCAGUGACUCCUAUUCGGACGAUGCAGGGUCGGGCAUCGAACUGGUGAAACACCCUGUGUCCCGCUACGGCACCUGGAAACCCAUCGAAGAGGGCAUUACUCUGACCUGGCGUGACCUGAACGUGUACGUGCCCCAGAAGAAAGCCUGGUACAAGAAGUCGAAGGGUCACAAGCCCUUCAAGAGGGUUCUCAAUAGCGUUUCUGGUGCUGUGCGACCAGGCAGCCUGGUAGCACUCAUGGGAGCCAGUGGUGCUGGCAAAUCAACGCUCAUGAAUGCAUUGGCCCAUCGUACCCCAGGAGAAAUGGUGGUGGACGGAGACAUACUUGUCAACGGCCACCGGGCUAACCAGUCUAUGAACUCUCUUUCCGGAUACGUCCACCAGGACGACAUAUUCGUCGGAUCCCUGACCGUCAAAGAACAUCUCACUUUCAUGGCUCGCCUUCGCAUGGACAAACGGCUGUCGGGCUCCGAGCGCAACGCUCGUGUGCAGGAACUCAUGAAGGAACUGGGGCUCCUGAAGGUGCAGGACUCCCGCAUCGGCGUCCCUGGUUACUCCAAGUCUCUUUCGGGAGGAGAGAGGAAGCGACUGGCCUUCGCUACAGAGAUCCUGACGGAUCCUCCGCUCCUAUUCUGCGACGAGCCGACCACGGGACUCGACUCCUACAACGCCAGAAAACUCGUCAGGAUGAUGAAGGAGAUGGCAGCCAGGGGCAAGACCAUCCUUUGCACCAUCCACCAACCGUCCACGGAGGUCUACAUGAUGUUCGACAAGCUGCUCCUCCUGGCUGAAGGACGUCUGGCCUACAUGGGGUCCUCCUCGGGCGCCUUGGAAUUCCUUGAUGGCCUCGGCCACAAAUGUCCGUCGACUUUCAACCCAGCCGAUUUCUUCAUCCACACCCUGGCUGUCCAACCAGGCCACGAAUUGCGCAGCCGCGAGCGCAUCAAGAGGAUAUGUGACAACUUCGCCGUGUCUGCUUACGCCAAGGACAUCGACCUGAUCAUCCAGUACCAGGACAACAUGAGCAUCCAGUACACCGAUUCCGGGAAACCUAUGCCCUAUAACGGGGCCUUUGGAUUCGCCUCAUCCAGCACAAGCACGGAGUCCAUCGUCAACAUAGUGAAGAACGUACCCCAGCUACCCAACUGGUGGAUUCAACUCUACUGGCUGACCUGGAGAUCAAUGUUGGACUCGUACAGAAAUCCGGACGUUCAUGGAAUCAGAAUCUUGCAGAAAAUCCUAAUGGCGAUCUUGAUCGGCGUGUGCUACACAGGGGUGUAUCUCAACCAAGCAGGUAUCCAAGACAUUCAGGGUGUGCUGUUCAUCUUCAUCACGGAAAACACCUUCCCUUCUGUGUACGCGGUGCUGAACAUCUUCCCUCAAGAGCUUCCGCUGUUCCUCAGGGAGUACAAGAACGGCAUCUACCGCUGUGACACGUACUACAUAGCGAAAGUCUUAUCUCUGAUUCCUGGAUUCGUCGUCGACCCCGUCAUCUUCGUGACCCUGUGUUACUGGAUUGUCGGCCUUCAGCAGCACGUCUACCAAUUCUUCAUGACGGUGCUCAUCAUUAUCUUCACAGCGAACACAGCCUCCGCCUGCGGAGCCAUGUUUUCGGCCAUGUUCGAGAGCAUCCCGUACAUCAUGGUCCUUCUAAUCCCCUUCGACGUCGUUUUGCUGAUCUCUGGAGGCCUUUUCAUCAACCUAGCGUCCAUGCCGAAAUACAUCAGCUGGGUGAAGUUCUUCUCGUGGUUUAUGUACACGAAUGAGGCGUUGACAAUCACCCAAUGGCAAGGGGUGACCAACAUCACAUGCGAUGCCCCCCCGGGAGUACCCUGCUUGACCACAGGAGCCGAGGUCAUGGAAAAAUACACCUUCGUUCCGUGGCAUUUUCCCUACGACUUCAUCAGUAUGUUCGUCUUGUACCUCAGCUUCCACGUCAUGGGCUUCUGCGGUCUCUACUCAAGAGCAAGGAAGAAGUAAGCAAACAAACAGCGGCCGACAAUGGUGACGCCAGGAGUUGCUGAAGAACCGCAUCGAUGAUGAGAAGUUGACGUCGUUUUUCCUAGUAAUGUUUCUGGCUUUCUGUCUUAGUAAGGAAAAUCAGUAAAUUUCUGUCACUGUCAUAAUAAGGAAAAAGUUUAGAUUUCUGUCAAUGUCUUAAUAAAGAACCAAUAGAUUUCUGUAGCUUUCUGUCACGGUCUUAAAAAGGAGAAACGGUAGAUUUCUGGCGCUGUCAUAAUAAGGAAAAUCAGUAGAUUUCCAUCACUGUCUUAAUAAAGGACCAUUAGAUUUCUGCCACUGUCAUGAUAAAGAACCAGCAGAUUUCUGUUUUAAUGAGAAAAACCAGUAGAUUUCUGUCACUGUCAUAAUAAGGAAAAACAGUAGCUUUCUGUCACUGUCUUAAUAAGGAAAACCAGUAGAUUUCUGUCACUGUCUUAACAAAGAAAAACAGUAGAUUUCCGUCACUGUCAUAAUAAGAAAAUUUUUUUAUUUGUCACUGUCUUAAUAAGGAAAAACAGUAGAUGUCUGUCAGUGUCAUAAUAAGGAACCAAUAGCUUUUCUGUAGGAUAUGUGAGAGCAUUAGCAGACUUGUCAACACCACCACGCUCGCGUGAGUGUUUGUAAGUAAGGACGUAGAUGAUGUAUAUAUGAAGUAAAGAAAAAUAAUAUCUGUCAUAAAGAAACUGUACUAAACUUGACACCUGCAAAAAAGAAGAAGAAAAAAGCCGUUGUGUUAAAAAUUAGAAAAAAAAAUAUCUGACCAGAAUACUUCAUGACAUACAUUUUUUUGUUUUAGACAUCUCAUUCACUUGGAAAUCGUUGCCUGUAUCGUUUUGACUUAAUUCAGAAGGUCUUAAAAAAUGACUAAGCCACACUUAGAGGGCGAAGAUUUAUUUAUUUAAUUAAUUUUUUUUGAUAAAGGGUAUCAGGAAGAAAAUCAGUUAACAAGAUAUUUUCGGUUCUUUAAAUGGUAAAUCGUUCAUUAAUUCGUUGUAAUAAAGUGACUAAAAGUCGACAGUUUCUGAUUACCCAGCAAAGGGAUUACAGUCUGUUAUCAAGAUAACUUUACCUUCCAGUGUCGUGGAGAAUGGAUGAAAGGAGCGCUC